AUGGGAAGUUGCUGCUGCACUGCACCACAGCACCAACCUCCUGAACAUCGGAACAAGCCACUGGUACGAAUGUGUUCAUCAGGAAAUCACUUUCCCAACUUUGCUGAUAUUGGAGAUAAAAUUGUCCUUUUUGUUGAUUUUGGCAAAAAUUUUAAGCCACUCCCUCGCAGAAAUCAGGCUCACUCUUUAGGUGGGGCUACUGCAGGACCACAGUGGCCUGAUCAGCGUCACCAUGGUGAGAAGGAUACACAAUAUGAGGUGAGACUUAAGAAGUCUUUGUCAAACCUGGUGUUCUAGAGUUAACAAAAAUUUUACUACAUGUUGAAGGUGGUCUUCCAAAAAAAUUCUAGUCAUUAAUAUACCCACAAGGACAAAACCUAAAACACCCAACCAACAGGCAGUAAUUGUCCAACAGCUUCUUUAGUUGGAUGACAACCAAAUGGUAUUUUAUGACCCCAUAGACUAUGAUACCUUUUCUACCAUAAACCAUUACUUUCUAUGACAUGAGUGCAGCAUUUAAGGUUGAAAAGUGAUUUCAUUUCUUUUUUUAUGAUUAAAAGCUGAAGAUUUCUAUUGGGUGUUGGUUGAUAAAAGCAAGACACAAGUCAGCUCUCAUGCAUGGAAAUCAAGAGAAAAUAAUUAUUUCCUAUUUUUAGUUUAAAUCUACUACUCAUUCAAAACCUAACAAGAAGGCAGGUUCAUGUUUUUAUUAUAUUAUUUUACAGUAACUCAGUGGUAGACUACACACUUAAAUCACUAUCCAUUGACAUAUUUAAUCUGAUUUGUGAAAAAAUGGUCAGGCCUAAUUCCUCCACAUUAACCCACCUAGGAUGAGCCAGCCUGUUUUAUCUUAGGCACCCCACCUUCAUGUAUCAUUAUUAUCAUCAGCAAUAUUAUAACCAUGAUUACUUCGUUAUUUUAGAAUUUGUAGCUUCCCCUGCUCACUGGUAGAAUGAUUCUUAAAAUUUUUGUUGCAGAUAAAGUUUGCAGGACUCCAAGCUUUCUUGAAAAGGAUAAAACCAAAAGAGGAAAAUUGUACAAGUUACCGCUCAGAAGUAAAACUUUUAAUGACAGAUGACAUUCUAAGAGAGCCUGGUGGGUUGGUGAAAUUUACUAUACCAUACUGUGACAGUGAGGGUCAGUAUUUGGGCGUAAUUACUGAACAAGAUCAUGAAUAUGAUGCCAGUCACAGAGUCUACAAUCGUAAGUACCCAUCAGCUAUCAAAAAACUUUGGCUGUUAUUAUAAGUAUAGUGAUGAGGUGUGGAGGAAUUUGUUUUCUGAAAUUGACAAUGAAUGUAAUUCUCCCUGUUCCUAUUACUAUCCAGCUACUUUGACCUCGAAAGAUGAAAGAAGAAGUGUAGAUUUCAGCCAUCACAGCUACUAUUUGUGUAGCACAUGGCAACUACUUUUGCAAUUAAUGGGUAGAACAUACAAAAAACUGUAAAUUAUGAAAUUUUCAGAUCCAAUAUGGGAUGAAUUAAUAGUACAUAACGGGGAAAUAAGAGAUGAUAUUCAGCGUCGUACAUCAACAAGACUGGUUGAAGGGACAUAUGGUUCCAUGGCACGACACAGAGCCAGAGAAUCUGCAGUUAUAGAGGGACCAAUGGAUCAAGUAGAUGCUGAAGCUGGAACAAGUGGUAGUCUAGAGUAUUUAAGUGCAACACAUGAACUGGACCCUCUGCUAGGGGUAAAUAUCAGAACUUCUCUAUAUGUGGAGAAAGAUGUUUGUUGUCUUGUCACAAGUGUGGGAGAAAGAAAAAAUUCUGAGUUCCCAUAAAGAAUUGAACCUCAGACCUUCAGAUUCCAUGCUCCAAUACUUUACCACUGAGCCACAGAGACUCUUCAGUGAGUGAGGUCUAUUACAAAGUUCAUAUGACAUGCGUCCUGCAUACUGCAAGGAUCAGCAAUGUCAAUAGCGUCAUGUUUGUAAAUAGAAUAGGAGAAAUUGGUCUCUCCUCUUCUAUUUUUUGCAUUAUGCCUCACAAAUGUUUUCUUUAGAUAUUUACCUGACAAUAAGUCUUGCAGAUUCUUUCGACAUUUAAGUGACCAAAACAUCUUGCUCUUAAUUUUACAUCAGUGAUCCUGCAGAAAAGAAAACUUACUGAAUUGAUUAAGUCAUCAUCUUCUUUCCCUUUUAAAAGUCUAGUUCAUAUACCUCAACCAUAUUUCAUGAUUGAAAAUGUCAUAUCAAUAAGAGAGUUACAGAUCAAUUUAAGAUCAAGUCAGUAAUAAAAACAGUAUAUCUUUAAACUUACUUACAGAUCUCCUUUGUUUUCAUAGCAACCACCACGUGCCAAACGUUACUGGCCAGAUUCCUGGGAGAUGUCUUGUUGGCGGCCUUGCUGUGAUCCAAUCCUGCGUUCAGAAAACUGGUUCACAAGAUUUUUGGCCAUGUUCUUUGUGGCACCAUUAACCAAUGUAACUGGUUUAAGUCUGUACUAUCAACUGUACCUUGUUGAAAUAUUUCACCUAAGAUUUAAAACAAAGCUUGGACACUAUUUAUUCAUGGUAGGUUUUAAAAAAGUAUAGUGUCUUGCAUUAGAUUAAUAUGGACUUGUCCUACAGACUCCAACAAUAUGUAGUGCCAUUCCUCUUUUCAUUAACUGGUAACUGUGGAAUGGCUCUAGCUUACUUUGAUUGUAAUUCUAGGUUUGGUUUAAUUGUAGCUGUAAUUAUGGCUAUCACAUACACUCUAAUUAUGAAUACAUGUUAAUCACAUUACCAAAAUUCUGGUGUAAAUAAUUCUGUGUAAUUUAAGACCCAGUAUUGGCCAGUAUGAAUUGAGCACCUCUGUUUUUGUUAUGUUUUUUCCAAGAAGUCAAGGCCAGUAUUAUUUUCCACAAGCUUGUAGAAAAAUCAAGAUUAGGUCUUUACAUGCCCAAAUCAUGGGCGCAUGGUUGCUACUCACCCAAUUUAUAUGGCUACAUGGUUAUCAUUUAAUCAAUAGACCAUAUGUGUCACUUUGCAAACAACAGGCAGAAAAGGAAAUUAAGCAUUUUCCCAGUGGGAUCCAUUGAACUGAACUUCUUGGAUUUUUUUUCUAAGUUCCUGGUGUUAGGUUACUAAGCGUCACCUAUCCAAGAGGUCUUAAAGGGAGUUAACAUUGUCUCGGCAAGGUUUUCAGGUUUUAAGUUGUGUAUAACUUUCAAUGAGCCCAUUUAAAGAGUGACAUUUCUGUUCAUACAUUUUUUCUCCUAGCCACUGAUUGUUAUGAUGAUGCUAUGUUUCUUCGCCCAGUGGAGAUUUGAUCGUGACUGCUACACAUUAGCCAACACUGAAGUGCUUGUUUGGAAUGGAGCUGCUGUCUUUGCUUUCUUUCUUCUCUUCUGGUAUUGUUUGUGGGGUCUUAUCCAAAGAACACCUUGUAUGGGGGUAUGUAGUCUUCAUAAAAUUCAUUAACCCUUUAACUCCCAUGACUCACCAAGAUAUAAUUUUUGCUUACAAUAUUAAAAGUAUCAAACCAACAAGUGAUGAGAAUAAAGAAAAAUAUCAAUUAAGGGAUUAAGAGUCAAUCCAAUAUCAAAUUCUCCAAACUAACAUCAUAAGGAUCAUAUGGCAGACCGUAAAAAGAAUACCUGAUGAGAUCCUUGAAGUGAUAGAAUUAAACCUUCACAAGAGAAUAUCGACAAUUGAUAUUCUCUUCAGUGGACUUUGAUGUAAAUGAAAUUUAAUGUUAGGGUUAUUCAUUAAUCUAAAGAUGCCAAAGUGUUGACCUUUUUUUGGAGUUCUUAAACUAGGCUUGAUUUUGCAGCCCUCACAUGUCAGGUCUUUGCUCCUUUGUUCCUCCCCAAUAGGAAGAGCAUGGACACCAUACAGCUUCUGGUUCUCAAGUGUUAACCCUAAACCAUUAAGAGUGACUAGCAUCUAAUUUCUCCUUACAAUAUAACCACUGAAUCACACAUUAAUGUGAUGAGAACAGAGGAAAUUAACUAAAGAAACUCUUGAUUCUUAGACAAAUUCUCCUUUUCAGCACCUUAGUUAAUGUACAGAGUACAGUAUGGAGAACAUGAAUACCAAUGUUACAGUGUUAAAGGUUAGCCCAACUGGCCCUGUGACUGGAAGCAUCAUGCCUCAUUUAGUUUAUAAUCAUAAAUCUCCGGGGCAAGAUCAUUUUUAAAAUCCAUCAGGAAUCACAAAACUUCUGUCAUUGUAUGUGUUGCAUUAAUUUUUUAACCACAUUUAUACCAUUGUCUAAAUCCCUCUUAAUUUCCCCUGCCAAAAUAAUAAUUUUCCUUUAAUUUGCUUCUUUUAGUUUUUCAUGAUUGUGCCUUUGGCUGUCAUGUACAUUCUUGCAAACAUCACUUUUCAAAUGGCAGUGAAGAAUUCUGCACCGCAGAGCUUGAACUGUGAAACUUGUUGGAAUCAUACAAAUCACCUGUCAAACCAUGUGAAAUACUAUAAUGCAUUCCAGCUGAUGUACUGGUACUUCAAUCCUGUCUUGUGGACAUUAGUUUUGUGCCUCUGUCAAGCAAUCAGUCAUAGCUUUGAACGUAAGUGGCAUAAUUACUUAGGUAGCCAGAGAAUAGGCCACCAUCAGUGCUCAUAGCAUGUUGAGUAGCAAAAACAUUUUAAUCCCAGCCCUCCUUCUCUUAUCAGCUUUUACAUCACUUAUUGCUGCCCCAGUCAUGCCACAGCACCAGUUAGAGCUUGCUCACUAGCUGUAAUUUGUUGUGUGGUAGGCCUAAUUUGGUAGACUUCACUAUAUCAUUCAAACUAUUCUUGAAAUAAUUAAAACAAACAAGCUGUCAGUUUGAAAUUGAGAAAGUGCUUGAAACCUCUGUACCCUCUCACAAAGAAAUAUGAGAGGGUGAAUGAGAGCAACCUGAAACAGUCAUAAAUUGGGUAGCAAACUUAUCACAUUUGGAAAGCUUCAAUAAUGAAGUAUUAUUCCCACUGAUAACUAGUCAAUUUUUAAAAGUUUAAAAUCAACUCCUUACAGCCAAGAUUCCACCACGUGUUAAUCAGACCAACCACUGGAUGAGUUGUGAUAUAAUAUGUAAGACUUAUGGUUUUCCCAAGACGUUAUUGAUUUUCAUGGCACAAGCUAUCUUCGGAACCAUUGAUGAGGUAAUCACACUUGGAUUAUGUUGUUGCAAUUUGUUUGGUGAGGUGAUACCCAGCAGAAAAAAUGUAAUUAUUUUUGACAAUUCUCAGGCCAACAGAGGCAAACGCUAGCUGAGCAUAAAGUGCGAGUCAGGUUAAGAGGAGUGCAAAAAAAAAAAAAAUUAAACCCUGUUUGUCUCCAUUCGCCUGAAAAUUGUAAACAAAUUUCACCUGUUCUGCAGGCUAGUAAGGUGGUAGUAACUUGACACAGUGACCCAGCCAACUGAAUUGAAACCCAACCUUACAUCCCACAUUUAAGUGCACUCAGGGCCAUUAAGCCUUUGUUUCUCACUCUAAUUUCUCUUUUUAACUGGGUGUACUUUUCUAACAGCUUAUGGCAUCACCAAGGCUUCUUCCCCUAUUGAUCCUACGAGUUUGUUUCACUCUUGGAUAUAGUCCAAAGGAAUGGAAAGUAUUGAAGAUAUUGGUUAAAAAGUCAUUACAAUAUGGUACGCAUUUGUUAUCGAGUAUGGAAAGUAAGUGCUGUAGUAAAGAGACUCAACAGUUUAUUUGAAAACUUUCAAACUUUGAGUCUUAAUUUGGCUACCCUCAUUUAUGCUCAGUGGCAGAUUGAGAGGAAGGGUUCAGCCAGGAGAUUUGGAUUCCCCUCCCAUCAUGCCUUCCUGAAACAAAAAUUCUCAAACUGACAAGAUCAAAUAUUAAUUCUCAACGAACUGUGAACCCAUGGGCAAGGAGGGAGGGGGAGAGGUCAAAAUUCAUUGAUUUAUCCCAACCCAUAAAUCUCAUCUUGACUCAAAAUUGACCAUGUGAUCAUGUGAUCAAUGUGACUAAUAAAUAUUAAUGAUAGGUUAUUCUGACCUCAACAGGGGACCCAGCAUUGGACUACAUUGGCACAGGUGGGGCUGAUUAUCUUCCCAAAGAUUCAGUGAUACCUGGUAGGUAUACAAUAUAUGUGUGACAACAAAAACAGCUGAAGAGUUUUCUACUUACUCAAAUGUUGCCUUUUGACAUCAAUGAAAUGUCAAACUGAAACAUGGUGAGAAUAAUGACAAAGAGAAACAUAAUCUAAACUGGAAAAUAACUAUUUUUGGAAAAUGCUACAGUAACAACCAAAGCUUUUUCUUAAAAUCCAAGAGGUGAUGUACAGAGUACUUCUCAAAAAUAACAUUUCCUUUAUCUUACAAAAUACCAACAGACAAUCCAGUCAGCUUCACACCCUUGAAGACAUCAAGUCUCUCUUUCCCUGACCAUACAUGCACUCUCACGUUUACAGAGCUCCACAAAAAUGAAAAAGUUAAAUGCAUAACUGAUAAAGGUUAACAAACUGCCUUUGUGAAUUUUGGAUAACUAGGCUUUUGAGCAACUAAAGUAACUCAAGUUGAUGGUCAACUACAUGUUUCACUGGUCUGCCAAAACAGCACAAGAUGAUUUCUUUGAAAACUUACAAGUAACUACAAGAAACUCUACUUCUUUGGCAACACCAAAUGACCAAAUGGGUACCCUUAACUAUUAAACACAGUGACUUUUAAAUUAGCUGAGAUAAAGACAAACUUUUACAUUCAUAAUCACUCCACAACUACAAGAAAGUUUCUCGUAGGUCCUCUUGCCAGAGGUUAGCAUGAAUGGUUCUUCACCUUUUCCUAUCUAUAGACAAUUCCUUAAUAGGAAUUAAAAUACAUCAAAGAUGUACUAUACAGUUUAAUUAGAGUAAAGUUAUAUGGUUUACAUGUACAUUUCUUCUCAAAAUUUUAAUAAGACAAGUUCUCUAUCUGGUCUCCACUUGCAUAAUGUCUUGUUUUUUCCCCUAAAUCACUUGUUUUUUCUUUAACUUUUUGCAGAAGUCUCACUAUCUACAACUGGUACAAGUGGUGAAGCUCUGGAGAACAAUUAUAACAUUGGUUACAACAUAAGUAAGAAUGAGUUAUUUAUAGUAAAUCAUUAGAAUAAGAACAAAACUGUUGAAGUUCAUUUAACAAUCAAGAAGUGUAGUAUAUUUGCUGGAAAAUCAUGCACUGGAAGGCUUUAUCCCUAUAGUAAUUUAACUGUGAGUUUGAAAUUGAGACAGAGACAAUGUCUGAAGGUAAAUAAGGGCCGAAAAAAACUCCAUCACUUGGUUAGCCACCUUCCUCACUAAACAGUACAAACUCUUACCCUGGGAAUAGCAGUCUAGCAUAAAAAAACCCUUAAAGUUUUUAAAUAUGAGAAUGCUACUGCUAGUCAAUUUUCAACAAACUAUAAGAUUUCUUUUUGUCAUAAAUUUUAAGAAACUGAUCCUUUACUGUGCUCUUACAAUGAAAUACAAUGUAAUAGAAAUGACAGUAUCAAUAAAUUUGUACUUGUUUAAUUCUUGUAACAGGAAAACUAAAGAAAACCUUACAAGAGAUGGAGUCCACACUUACUGACAGACAACGCAAAAUACUAACUGACCCCCGCACAAUCCGUUACUGUGCUGAUGACUGGCUAAAACACUACAUCGUGUUGAGGCACUAUGUUGCAAAAUAUGAGCUACAAGUGCAUGCAUAUGGCCCAUUUCGAUCAGGCAAAGAAAACAAGGAAGUUUUGCAUGAUGAUACACGAAUGGAGAGAGACUUUCCCCUUGCUAAGCACAGCAGCUUUAGAAAUUUCUUGCAACAGGUUCGUUUUCACCUCUGGUUGAUGGAAGAUGAGUUCAUAACUAAAAGAGCUAUAUCUGCUUGUUGUGCUAAGGAAAUUUAGUUGAUCAUUACAGAUUGAGUCUGAUCAUACUUUGGUAUGGUACAUGGACAGUGUUUUAGUUCACUUUUAUAGGGGAUUUCCUCAUAAAUGUUUGCUUUAAUUCUUUCAACUGAUAGUUACAGUAUGUUUUUAACCAAUAAGAUAUAGUUUAGUCAACAAUUUUAACCAAUCAUCUUUCUUCAACCCAAUUAAUUCAAAGCAAUUGAAAAAAAAAUUCCUCGUACCCCUUUAUUUUUAUGCUGGUUGUGGAUCUGGACCAAUCAAAUUUGAUGAAAAUAUUGCCUUUUAUGACAACAAAAAUAGAAGUAAAUAAUGAGAGCAAAAAUCUUAAUUAGAUGCUGCAAGAAUGCAGUGCUCUAAACUAGCUCCAUUUCCUUAGUUGGACUCCACAUUCUCAAACAGCAAGAGAAGGUUUCCUAGUUUUAAAAGUUUUAAAAAUUUUCUUCUGCCAUUUUGAGUUCAUUGUAACUUAACAAUGCAACUACGGUCUAAACAGUAAGAGAACUGCAACUUAGAGAAAUGCAAUGGAGUUUAAAUUUUAACCCUUUUGUGAUAUAAAAGAGAAUUUUAUAACUUGUAAAUAAUCAAAUGAAAGAAAAGUUUGUCUUUGCAAGACAGAAGUAGACCACAUUUGUGAAAUGG